AUUGCCCAUUCAUCAGCGGACUUGGGCGUUGUACUCCGCAUCUCAUUUGCGGCAGGGCCAAUUUCUCCAUUAAGGAACUCCGUUCGGGGAAAAAAAUCGAAAGAAUUCGCGUCUUUCGCACCUUAGCUACUUUUUCCUUGUGCAAGCGCUCGCACGUCCCUUUGUGGUCAUCGUGAUUCCGUGCUGAUUCCUCGGUUUCGGUUGCAGAAGGGGGAGUCGGCGUUUGACUUGAUUUUUCUGGGGAGGAAGCUUGCGGUCUUUGUUCAUUCAUUUCAUCGGUUGGGUCCCUUUGUUGGAACAAAAGCAUGGGAGCACAAAUCUCCAAAACCGCUGGAAAAGAGGAAGCCGCCGUGGAACAGCCAGCAGAAGGUGCAGCCGUUGCAGCAAAAACGAACGGACAGGAAAAUGGCCAUGCCAAGACCAACGGGGAUACUUCUCCUGCUACAGAGGAAGUCAACAAAGCCGAAGUGCAGGCCAAUGGAAGCACUCCUACUGAGGAGGCACCAAAAGAAGAAGGUGAAAAGGUAGAGGGUGCCGAAGCCAAUGGAGAGAAGGAGCCUGCCGCCACAAAUGGAGAAGCUUCUGCCAAACCUGAGGAAGGCACUCCAUCUACUAGCGAGGAUGGCAAGCAGAAGAAAAAGCGUUUCUCUUUCAAGAAACCGUCCUUCAAGCUCAGUGGCUUCUCUUUCAAGAAGACCAAGAAAGAGUCCGAAGAGGCGACAGAGGACGGUGCGGUGGCGGGAGCAGCAGCAGAACCAGCCGAAGGGGAGAAGGCGACAUCUGAGGCACCUACUGAAGAGGCCAAGCCAGAUGAGGCCGGCGAGGAAGCCAAGGAAGCUGCAGCUGAGGAGCCAAAGGCCGAGGAGGGGAAGGCAGAGGAAGCCGCAGGAGAGGAAAAGCCAGCUGAAGCUUCACCUACUGAGCCAGAAACGGCAGCCAGUCCAGAAGCUGCUGCUGCCGCCGAGUAAUCCUGCUGAACCAGACAACAGAAUGAAGGAGACAAUGUAGCCCAUCUGAAGGAAUGCGAGGACUUUGUCUAAAACCAGGGAUUUUUUUUUUUUUUGUUUUUGUUUUUUUU